AUGGAAAUCACGUCUGCAGAGAAGGGUAAGGCUGUUGUUAUCUACAGGAUAGGUGUCAAUGAAUAUGAUCCAUUACCAGGACCUAAACCCAAACGUCCAGCAUAUUUAGAUGAAGGUAAAGAGAGUGAUGCAGAUGAUGAAGAUUAUGAACCAGAGAGUGAUUACAACUUGUUUGACUCUAAUGAUGAAAGCAGCUGCAAAUAUGCCAAUGAGUCCAUGCGUACUUCUUUCUGGGCAGGUUUGAGGAAGCCAUCUGAGUUUGUGCCUUAUGCACAUGUACCUAAGACUGGAGAUUCAGAAUCUGACCAGGCUUCUUGUGAUGAAUUGCAUGAAGUUAAAGGUUCUGAUGAUGAGGAGGACCAAGUAGAAGUUAAAAGGUAUAGAGAGUUUAACCCUAAGAAGGAGAUGCAUAACCCAACCUUUGAAGUCACGCAAAGAUUUGGUGACAAAUGGAUUUUGUUAAAAGCCAUCAGAAUACAUGCUCUUGUUGAAAGGAGGGGUACUAACUUCAAAAACAAUGAUACCAAAGUUGUCCACGCACGGCGUGUUGAGGGUUGCAACUGGGAAGUGUAUGGGGCUAGAGUCUCAAAAGAGGAUCCAACAUUUGAGAUCAUAACUCUUAAUGAUAAACGUACUUGUGACAAGAUUUGGGAGAAGAAUAGGAACUACAACUCCAACAUCGUUUCAGACUGGUAUCUUGUUGAUUUUGCACAUGAUCCAAGAAUGAGUGUGGGAAUUCUGCAAUUUAGAGUUCUUAAUGAGAAGAAGAUUACUAUUUCCAGAACACAAGCUUACAAGGCCAAGAUAAAGGCUCUGGAAAAGGUUAGAGGUAACAUUGUGGGACAGUUUGCGAAGUUGAAAGGUUACAUGGAAGAAACCAAAAAGCUGAACCCAAGCACCACAUUUGAGCUGAUGAAGGAUCCUAACCCUGAACGUCCUAAUACCUUUAAGAGCCUAUUGGGGAAGGAGAUACCAACAAUCCUCAGCCGGCACAACAAAAAAGGAGGGGUAGGCCACCAACAACACACUCAAAAUAAGGAACUGACUUCAACACUUCGUCCAUCUAGUUCUGCUAACCCAGCUGCACCAUUCAUUGUUCAAAAUCAUGAUAUGGCAGAACAAAACAAUACAGAUGUGGCUUCAACACUUCAUCCAUCUAGUUAUGCUGACCCAGCUACACCAUUCAUUGUUCAAAAUCAUGAUGUGGCAGAACCAAACAAAACAGAUGACAGUUUGUCAAGCAAUCAGCAGCAGCACCAAAAUAUGGACCAGUUGGAACAGGAUUCCAAUCAAACUCCAAGUGCUGAUGAAAGGUCCCCUGAGCCAGAAGCAACAAUAACAAAUGUCACAUUGUCAGGCAAUCUUGGUGAUCAUGAAGCAGAUGUUGUAAUUUUCCCUACUACCGUAACCUCACCGGCUGCCAACAAAGCCAUCAAAAACUGCAAAAAAUCAGCCCCUUCAACACCAAAGAGAACAAGUGCAAGGCUAGCUGCUGUUAAGGUAAGGUUUGAUGCUGAUGGUCAUGGCAGUAGUCUUGAAAAGGCAAUUCAGAUAUUAGGUGAGGAAGCUGUGGAAACAUCCGUCGGGAGGAAAAGGGCCAAAACCUUCCAUGGUGCAAAUCCUCGCAAAAGUACUUUAUUCACUCAUUGCAUCUAA